AUGAAGAAUAGUGAGCUUAAAUACACAGUUUAUCAUAAAUUUCCACAUCACACCGAAUAUUCAAAACGAGGAGAAAUUUUACUAACAACUUCUCGUGCAACUGCAAAAUAUAUUGGCAAUGAGCCUGAAUUAUCGAUCGAGGAUCUUGAUCAUGAUUAUAAAUCAAUGAAAAGCAAAUUUUAUCUUGUAAAGAUAGUUGAUAAUGAGAACCCAAACCAUGUUACAAAAUCUUUCACCUAUUUGUGUUUGUUAAAAUCUUCAAAUCUUGAGGAUGAGAUUAUAAUUCACUUGGAUAAGAAUAACAGAAUAUUUCAAUUUGAUUAUUACACAAGUAGCGAUCAAUGCAAUAAUACCAUUGUUCCGCAAUCUAGAAUUUUCAAAACAACUGUUCAAACCAUCAAGGCGAUAGAUGGUGUUGUCCCUAAACUAAACAAAGCAAUGCCUUCGAUAAGGGAAGAUGGCACAGUAGAAAAACCACCCGAAGAAAAAAGCUUUAUGCAAAAAUACUGGCAAGCAGAUUAUUUGAUUGAAUCAUAA